AAAAAUGCCUGGUGCUGUAAUUAAAAAUUCAAAAAGUUUCCGUUUUUUGAAAAUUAAAAUCAACCAACUUUUGGAUUUGAGCUCUAAAUUGGGUAUAGCUUUUAUAUCCGAUGCCAGCUUGAAAUCCCUCUGUUCAUCGUCCUCCUUGUCGACAACGAUUCGAAGGCUUCUCUGUCUCCUAACAGAUUUUAUAGAACAUUGAAGCCUGAUAUUGAUUGCCCGAGGUUCUUCUGGUUAGAAGUUUCAAACUUCAGGGUUUAUGUUUAGUUGCAGGAAAUAUCAUAUAAAAGAACUCAGUCAAUGGAACUUGUGCCCUGCAUUUGUUUGAAGAUUAGGAUGGUUUAAUGAAAGGGAACUCCUCCAAUUCUACGUCAGUUUAUAGUUUGAGGUUUUUCAUUUUUCGAGCCUUAGUUCUGUUGUGCUACCCUUUGGCGGUGAGCAAUGUACUUGUUUUAGUUUUGUUCGUACGUACAAUCUUUGUGCAAGCAAAUGAUUCAAACUUGCAAAGUGGAGAGGCAAAUCCUGUGACUAUGAAGGAUUAGACUUUGGUUUUGUAGGCAUAACAAAAGAAGAAUUUGUUUAAACCAAGUGAAGAAAGAAGUUGCUUAUCAGAGUUUAUUUUAGAUGGAUCAUUUGGUUUCAAGAGAGAGUGAGCUUGAAGUUGAUCUCGAAAGUGGGGAAACUGCCAGUGAGGAUGAAAUAACGAAUGAUCUGAUACCAGCAGGAAGCCAAUCAAGGAAGAUUUUGAACAGGGCUUUGGGUGGACAUAUGAAUGUUGAUGGUUUUGGCAAGAGGGAUUCCAGCAUUAGUUAUUGUAGCAAUGCGUCAAAACUUAGUGUGGUUGAGCAUGAGAAUUUGGAGUUGUUGAUAGAAAAAAAUUCGGAAGGAGAAGACAGUUGCCAACACGUAGUGUUGUUAGGGAAGAAGACUGCUGAAGGGAGGAAUAAGAAAAACAGAAAGCCUCCCAGGCCACCAAGACCUCCGAAAGGUCCAACUCUGAGUGCUGCUGACCAGAAGUUGGUGAGGGAGAUUGCUGAGCUUGCCAUGAGAAAACAAGCCCGGAUUGAACGAAUAAAAGCAUUGAAGAAGAUGAAGACUGCUAAAAGUUCAUCUUCAAGCAGCACUAUAUCAGCCAUGGUAGUCACAGUUCUCUUCUGCCUCAUCAUACUAUUUCAAGGAAUGCUCUCAAGAAGCAGUGCUUCUGCUGUCUUAGCAGGAUCUCCGGCACCUGCUGUUGCCUCUGGUGAAGGUUUGAUUUCUGUUAAGUUGUACAAAAGCUUCUCUCCGACUGAAAGAGAUCAAUCUGGUCUGCGUCCACUUAGUUUUGCAGAUAAGCAGAUUCCCGGGUCAGAUUCUAACGAAGAUGCAAGUAAAGUUGCCAGAUAAAUGACAACAAUCCGAAAUCUAGUCCUAGAAAUUUCAGCAUGCCUUCAAACUGAACUUUUUUUUUACCUUUUUAACUGCCUUUUAAGUCAAAUUUCUUGUACAUAUGCUUCGACCAUCUAGCUUGAGGACAUGUUUACAGAGGUUAGCUUGUACAUUGAUUAAAUUUAUGCGCAUAAAUUGAUAACUUAUAUAUAUAUAUAUGUAAAAGAACUUUCAAUGCUUAGCUGCUGCAUUGCAAGCAUGUUACCGAGAACCUAGUGCUGCCAAGACGGAAAAGGCAGACUAUGAAUCUGCAUACGUAUGUCCUGGCAAUUCAGUCGGAGCUAAUGAAGUAACAAAAGCAGCUGAUCAUAAAAUAUUUAAUUGUUACUAAUCAUGUUGUAUUAUAACUAAUUGUAAUUU